AACCUACAGCACGCAAACGCACCGGCGGGCGGGUUCAUGUGCUCCAGGUGAGCGGGGAGGGAGAGAGGAAAUUACGCCGCAACGUCGAUCACUCCUCCGCCUUUUAUCCCGGAGAUAUCACGGAGAAAACUGCACCACACGCACACGGUGUACCGAAGAAACCCCUCCGGACAGCUGCAGAGGCUCACGACCGGGAAGGGGUUUAUAUUCCCGAGUGUUUGUUUCUUUUCCUUCCGCCCACGGAACGGAGCUCAGUGUUUACGCGGCGGCCGCAGAGAGCGAGGAGCGCUGGGAGGAGGAGGCGCUGCAGCCGGGGAGGAGCGGCCGAGCUGCGGACACACGGAGUAGCUCUCUAGGUGAUUUCUUAUUAAUUUGUUUAGGUAAAGGGUUAAUAACACUGUUCGGUGAUAAUACCUGAAGAGGAGUCUACCGCCACACUCCACCCCUAAUGGGGUAGAAAUCGGUUUGUUCUGCAGCCUCGGAGGGUCCGCUCGCACCUGCUCACUGCGGGGGCUGUAUGAUGUAGCCCCCGCUUCUGCUCCGGUUCUCUGCAUCACCAUCCUCAAACGUCCAUCAUCUCUUCCCCCCCACUACACACGCACGCGCAGACACACAGACCUACCAUGCCGGCAGGGAUGAAGCCGCUGGAGAAGUUCCUGAAGAAGCAGACCACGGCGCUGACCCGGGCCGGGGGUUUUGUCGGCGGGGUGGCGGAUAAAGCCAGCGGGGGAACAGGGACGUCCCGCCGGCGGGCCAGCCUGUCCCGGGUCGUCCCUUUCUUCAGGGAGACUUCACCUGAAAGCGGCCAUGCUCGGGAGGUGUUCAGCCCCGACAGUGAGGACCCCCCCUCCUGGCCCUCUGCCACUGGGCCCAGUCUGGUGUCGGUACCCGGCUCCGGCUCUGGGGAUGUCCGCAGCCCGUCUCUGUCCAGCGACGAGCAGAGCUCAGAGGCCAGCCUCAUCACAGAGUGUGUCGGGGGAGGAGGAGGGGGGACACCUCUUCCUGCCGACACACCGGACAACCUUACACUCGCUCUGCUGGACAGCGCGGCGGGAAGACGAUCCGGAGUCUGCACAGGUGAGAAACUUUCUCCGUACAACAAAACCUCGUCUACACUUCGGUGCUCUGCCUUGUGA